GAGUAAUGGAAUCCAAAGAAGAGCAAGCUGUAAAAAAUAUCAGCAUGGAAAAUGCCCAAAAGAAACAUGAAGGAAAGGAAGAAAAGGACCAAGUUGCUAAUAAAGGAGAGGAGCCCUUGGCCCUCCCUUUGGAAACUGGUGAAUACUGUGUGCCUAGAGGAAAUCGUAGGCGGUUCCGUGCUAGGCAGCCCAUCUUGCAGUACAGAUGGGACAUGAUGCAUAGGCUUGGAGAGCCACAGGCAAGGAUGAGAGAAGAUAAUAUGGAAAGGAUUGGGGAGGAGGUGAGACAGUUGAUGGAAAAGCUGAGGGAAAAGCAGUUGAGUCAUAGUCUCCAGGCAGUUAGCACUGACCCCCCUCACCAUGACCAUCAUGAUGAAUUUUGCCUUAUGCCCUGA